UUCUCAGCCCAACAGUUGCUCGGAAGGACGAUACGGCAGCAAACAAGCCCAAAUCCGGCGACGGGUAGAGGCAAACGGUGCCUUCCACUACCCAUUAACGCCCAGCCAAGAUUCUGUCCAACUUAAAGCGCACAAUGAAGGUUGGGGGUGACAAACAAUGAACUGAAAGGGAAGAAUGGAGUGAAUGUUGGAGGGAUGGUGAUCAAGUGUAAGCUGAAAGCUAUUAGAAGAGCGCCAGGGGCUCGAAUGUUUUGUAAACAGACCGUUGGAAGUUGUUUCUUACAAGCAUGGAUACAAAAUGUGUUCAGAACUUGAACUUCUGCGCAAGCGCUCUUUGCAAUCUUCGCUACCAUACGAUGGCGAUUUCUUCAUCGACGACAACAUCCUUGCUCUAUUCGGUCCUGGGGCAAAGAUCAUAUCAGCUAGUCACUGCGGGAAAUCAGCAUGGACUGUCACUGCUCGUCUGGUUCUCGCCUUUUCCGAUGGAUCCAGGGGCCAGUACUUCGUCAAAUCCGCCCCGGGUAACCAUGGUCGUUCCAUGAUGGAAGGAGAGUGCAGUGCCAUGUCUGAACUGCGCAAGUCGGCGCCUGACUUUGCCCCCGCGCCACUCGGCUGGGACAAGUACAAGCUAGAGGAGCCGGAGGCCUAUUUCUUCGUGGCUGAGUAUGUCGACAUGCAGGACGGGAUGCCACACCCGGACAAGUUAUGCUCGAGGCUGGCACGUCUCCAUCGCGAAAGUCAGUCUCCGACAGGACAGUUCGGCUUUGGUAUCUCGAAAUGUCAGGGGCGUGUGCUGCAGUGUGUCGAGUGGGAAACUAACUGGACCACGUUCUUCGUCAAGUUGCUUCGGAACGUCAUUGUCCAGGACUUUGAGGUCAACGGUUCCUGGGAAGACCUUGACAUCGUCGAAAGACGGUUCAUCGAACGAGUUGUGCUACGGCUGCUAGACGCCUUGGUGGAAAAUGGCCGCGUCCUCAAGCCGAGCUUGAUCCACGCAGAUCUCUGGGAGGGGAACUGUGGAACCUCUCGUGACAACGGCAACAUCUACAUCUUCGAUGCGGCUUGUUUUUACGGCCAUCACGAGAUGGAUGUCGCGGAUUGGCGCUGCAACUACAACAAGAUUAGCGAUCCGAUAUACACAAACACGUAUAACCGUUACCAGGAACCGAGCGAGCCCAAGGACGAGUGGGAGGAUAGGAAUCGGUUGUAUAGCGUGUACUAUAACCUGUUAUACUCGGUCAACCAUGCCAAUGCUGGAACGGCUGUUAGGCAGCAAGCAUAUGCGGAUAUGUACCAUCUCGUGGACAAAUACGCUCCGUUCCCGGGCAACGAAGGGCCACCGAGGAUCGCGGCUGAUCAGAUGGCCGUGCUGCCUGUCGAGAAGGACCACGCCAUGUCAACUGUGCCUGAUAUUUUGGGAACGCCUUGAUCCCAUUCGAUGGGCUGCUCCGUCGAGUAUGACAGAAGCUGAGUGUCCGUGGCCUUGUUUGGUCGUGUUGUGUGGUCUGCUUGGUCGAAUUGCAUCCCUGUAUUACACCUCAAGAUCCUCUUCCCGAGCUUCCACGACAGCACGAUCGGAUAUUGUGCAAAGCAACGAGGAAGGAGU